AUGGCCUCCUCGAAUAAACAACAAAUACUCAAUCCACCAAGGGACCCCCUCUCUUUUGGUCCCACCCACCUCAUAAUCGUCUGCUGCCACUCAAUCUACCUCGGCGGACCGACCAAAGGUCUCGACGAAAACGAAUGGCUAAUCGAACCCUUCCAACGCGGCGAAACGCCGACGUUCACGGAACAUGUCAAAGCUGGAUUGGAGGUUUUGAAGGGGGAUGAGGGGGGUGUGCUUGUUUUCUCGGGAGGCGCGACGAAACGGGAUCGCACGGAGCUUUCGGAGGGAGAGUCGUAUUUGAACCUAGCGAAAGAGAACAACUACUUCACCACCGAGUCACCAAGUACAAUCGACGAAACGCGAAUAACAGCCGAGACCCGCGCUACAGAUUCAUACCAGAAUGUCCUCUUCUCCCUCAUCCACUUCCGGAAACUCACAGGCGUCUAUCCGGAGCGAGUCACUGUGGUGACGCACGACUUCAAGCGGAAGCGGUUUCUAGAGUGCCAUUUCCCGGCUGUGGGAUUUGUCGGAUCAGAUCUAGUAAGUAUCAUUGGGAUCAAUCCGCCGGAGCAGGUUACGCCCUUGUCUGAGUUGGUGGAGGGCGAGAAUAAGAGGGGAAUUGGAUUGUGGAGGGGGGAUUUGUAUGGAUUUGGAACGGAGUUGUCAGGGAAAAGGGCGAAGAGGGGCUGGACUAAUGGGAUGCAAUGGGGGUUUUCUCUUGGUGUUGGGUUGGAAAGGGCGGUUGAGGAUUUGGCUUGCUGGGAUGGGGGGAGCAGUGGGAAUGAUUGGUUUCCGGGGAUGAGUGCUCUGCCCUGGAAUAGGGGUGCACAAUGA